AUGAGGGCGUCCGUGCCGGGUCCGGCGGCCGGCCGCGAGCCCUCCACGCCCGGCGGGGGCGGCGGAGGCGCCGCGGUGCCGGGCUCCGUGCAGUUGGCGCUGAGCAUCCUGCACGCCCUGCUCUACGCCGCGCUCUUCGCCUUUGCCUACCUGCAGCUGUGGCGGCUGCUCCUGUACCGUGAGCGGCGGCUGAGUUACCAGAGCCUCUGCCUCUUCCUCUGUCUCCUGUGGGCAGCGCUCAGGACCACCCUCUUCUCCGCCGCCUUCUCGCUCAGCGGCUCCCUGCCCCUGCUCCGGCCGCCCGCUCACCUGCACUUCUUCCCCCACUGGCUGCUCUACUGCUUCCCCUCCUGUCUCCAGUUCUCCACGCUCUGUCUCCUCAACCUCUACCUAGCGGAGGUUAUAUGUAAAGUCAGAUGUGCAACUGAACUUGACAAACACAAAAUUCUGUUGCAUUUGGGCUUUAUGUUGGCAAGCCUUCUCUUUUUAGUGGUGAACUUGACUUGUGCCAUGCUAGUCCACGGAGAUGUCCCAGAAAAUCAGUUGAAAUGGACUGUGUUUGUUCGAGCAUUAAUUAACGAUAGCCUGUUUAUUCUUUGUGCCAUCUCUUUAGUUAGUUACAUAUGCAAAAUUACAAAAAUGUCAUCAGCAAAUGUCUACCUCGAAUCAAAGGUAACACUUUCCAACAACUUUCUGUGGCUGAAUCCUUAUCUUUUGUGUGGUAUGUCUCUGUGCCAGACUGUUGUCGUAGGCUCUGUAGUCAUUCUUCUCUACUCUUCAAGAGCAUGUUAUAAUUUGGUGGUGAUCACCAUAUCUCAGGAUACAUUAGAAAGUCCAUUUAAUUAUGGCUGGGAUAAUCUUUCAGAUAAGGCUCAUGUAAAAGACAUAAGUGGAGAAGAGUAUAUAGUAUUUGGAAUGGUCCUCUUUCUGUGGGAACAUGUGCCAGCAUGGUCGGUGGUACUGUUUUUCCGGGCACAGAGAUUAAACCAGAACUUGGCACCUGCUGGCAUGAUAAAUAGUCACAGUUACAGUUCCAGAGCAUACUUCUUUGACAAUCCAAGACGAUAUGAUAGUGAUGAUGACUUGCCAAGACUGGGAAGUUCCAGAGAAGGAAGUUUAUCAAAUUCACAAGGUUUGGGCUGGUAUGGCACCAUGACUGGGUGUGGCAGCAACAGUUACACAGUCUCUCCCCACCUGAAUGGACCUAUGACAGAUACUGCUCCUUUGCUCUUUACUUGUAGUAAUUUAGAUAUGAACAAUCACCAUAGCUUAUAUGUAACACCACAAAACUGA